CAUACAGGUUAUUUUCGUAACUAAAAUGGCGCUAACCGUCCUUUGCAAAAUUCCAGUAUUAUUUGCAAAUGGUGCAUAAUGGAAGAAAUCGAGAUGGGGAAUUGAUAAGCGAAGGAAUAGGGGAAUGUGUUAGUGGCCAAGUUGACUCAUGUCGGGUCUUUGAGCAGAAAUGUCUCAGAGACUGAAGAGACUUGCCGGGAAGCCGGAUGAUCCCGGCCCCAUGGGGAAGCGGAAGCGGCGCAAACUGAGCGGUUCGGAGGACGCCGACUCGCAGCUGCCGUCUGCCUCCGGCCACGUCUGGACGCCCAAACACCUGGGCAACCUCAAGGCCUACAACAAGAAGGCUGUCGAGAAGCCGGGCGAGCUCAUCCGCAAGGACCUGAUCAGUGCGAUGAAGCUGCCCGACUCUGAGUACCUGUGUCCGGACGAGUUCCUGGAGAUCGCCGACCAGUGGAAGCAGGAGUGGGAGCGCGGCGUCCAAGUGCCCGUCAACCCGGACACGCUGCCGCACCCGCGCGUCAGCUCCGUACCCGGUCCGCCCUCGCGCCAGCAGGACUUCCGAAUACCGAAGAAGCUGCUGCGCGUGACGCACGACGACGCGUCGCCGGAGCUGUACCACAUGACCAACGCGCCGGCCAAGGCGGAGAAGAUGUGCCGCUACGACCUGGACGACCAGGACUCCAUCUGGCUGGGCGUCUUCAACGGCGAGCGGGGGCGCAUGGGCCUGCCGGCCGUCUCCGACCUGGAGAUGGAGCGGGCCAUCGAGGACAUGGAGCGCCAGUGCUGGAACAAGAUCCAGACCAUCGUCAAGACGCAGGAGGGGCUUAGCAUCGAGUUCGAUGAGAACGUGGUCUGCGACGUCUGCCAGCAGCCGGACUCGGAGGACGACAACGAGAUGGUGUUCUGCGACAAGUGCAACAUCUGCGUCCACCAGAACUGCUACGGCAUCACCAGCAUCCCCGACGGCUCGUGGCUCUGCAAGGCGUGCGCGCUCGGUAUCAAACCCGACUGCGUGCUCUGUCCCAAAAAAGGCGGUGCCAUGAAGAGCACCAGGUCGGGUCACAAGUGGGCCCACGUCAGCUGCGCCCUCUGGAUCCCCGAGGUCAGCAUCGGCGACGUCGAGAAGAUGGAGCCCGUCACCAAGAUCUCCAACAUCUCGGUGCGGCGCUGGUCCCUGCUGUGCGUGCUCUGCAAGGAGAAGGUGGGCGCCUGCAUCCAGUGCUCUGUCAAGUCGUGCAAGACGGCCUACCACGUGACGUGCGCCUUCAAGCACAACCUGAAGAUGAAGCCGGUGGAGGACGAGAGCGACGACGACGAGAUCCAGCUGAAGUCGUACUGUCCGAAGCACAGCAAGAACGAGAAGCUGUCGGGCGAGUCGGACUCGGACGGGGAGCUGCGUCGGCCUGAUCCGGACUCGGAGGCGCAGCGGCGCACUCGCAAACAAAAGCUGCAGCAGAUCGAGUCCGAGUUCUACCGGCACGUGGACCUGCGCGGCACGGCCGCCGCCUGUGGCGUCCCCAUGGAGGCGGUCGAGUUCAUCUACAACUACUGGAAGCUGAAGCGGAAGUCGGGCAACAACAAGGCUCUGCUGACUCCCAAUACGGAUGAGAUCGACCUGCGCACCGAGCAGCAGCAGCAGGACCUGGAGAAGGUCAAGCAGUUCGUCCACAUCCGGCAGAACCUGGAGAAGGUCCGCAACCUCUGCUACAUGGUCACCAAGCGCCAGAAGCAGUGCCGCAACUACUUCCGGCUGCGCGAGCAGACGUUCCUCAGCCAGGCGGCCGUGCUGCGCGACCCGGCCAGCCGGCUGACGGCCGAGGAGCGGCGCGCCGUGCUCGACGCCAACCACAUCCGCGACAACGUGUACGACCGGCACUACUCGCACGCCGAGGCGUCGCUGCACGCGCACCCUCUGCAGCAGCUGCUGGACGUGAUCCGCGGCGGCAAGGCGGGCGCCGCGCCGCACUGCGAGCGGCUCACCAAGCAGUCGCUGUUCGGCAAGGACUCUAGUGAGAGUGACGCGCCGGCGGCGCCAGUGACUCAGGCGGGCGGCAAUGACGCCGCCACUAGUGACUCGGACUCGAGGCUGCCGGCCGGCGCGGCGAGUGCUGGCAAGGGCCGACACAUCUACACGGACAGCGAGUCGGACGCCGACGAUGACAAGCUGCGCUCCGCCUCGUCCGUCAGCUCAAGUGCAAUUCGAACCAAAGCGGCGAUGAAGGCGUUCUCGACGGCGAAGAAGUCGGAGCUGCUGGCGUCCGAGCCGGACGUCAGUUCGGUCAAUACAGAGAAGGCGCCGGUGCCCGACCUUAGCUUGAUCGUACCGCCGCGGCAGGCCAUGCUGGACGCCAACAAGCGCAUCCAGCAGCGGCGAGGCAGCGCCGGUAGCUCGGGCUCCAGCAGCUCCAGCAGCAGCAGCGGGUCCAGUGGCAGCAGCAGCAGCAGCGGCAGCUCCAGCAGCAGUUCGAGCAGCGGCAGCAGCUCUGACAGUGCGGAGUCCGACGCCGAGAGCCGCGCUCAACCGGCGCCUGCUGCGCGAGGUGAACGCGGCCCGGCUGGGCGAGGGCGAGCUGUCGCUCACAGUCCGCGCAGCGCCGCCGACGCCACCGCGGCACCCGCCGCCGCGGCGCCGCGACGCCGCGCGUCGGCUGGAGGAGCAGGAGAACCGGGCCAAGACGCGCAGCCAGAAGCGACUACGCUCGGCGGACAGCGCAGCCCGCGGCCCGAAGCGCUAAAGAAGGCGCGCCCGAUGCCGCGCAGUCGCAAGAUCGCGUUGGGCCUGGAGGCGGAACCAGACGCGACGCAGGCGCCGCCGCUCGAGCCGCGCCGGCUCUCGUCGUCGGCCGAAAGUAAGCCGAUGCGGGGCUCGAUCGCCAGCAUCCUCAGCGAGCGGUCGGCCAAGGAGAGCAGCGAAGGGGCGGCGCGCGCCGGCUACCGGACGUCCGGCGAGGAAAUCCGCGUCGAGCGGCUCGAGGAUAUCAGCGACGAGCCAGCGGCGGCGGCCGCUCCGGCGCCGACAUCGGCAGCACCCGCCGGCCGCCGGCCGGCCGCCGUCGGCGACACCGACGACCAGGUGCUGCCGGCACAACCAUCCUCCAUCUUCUCGCCGCCUCGGCUUAACGCCGGCGACCCGAUCUUCGACUUCGAGACGGCCUUGUUUGGCGGCCAGAAGUCGGCGGCAGCGCCAGCGCCGGCAGUGGCAGCGCCAGCGCCGGCAAUGGUCGCCCCGGUGGAGCAGCCGGCGGAGCAGCCGGCGCAGCCGUCGGUCCAGCCGCCCGCGCAGUCAUCGGCGCAGCCGCCCCAGCCGCCUCAGCAGGCCUCGUCCAUCUUCUCACCGCCGCGCUCGAGCGCCGGCGAGCCCGCCUUCGAGCUGGACACGAGCGUGCUGGCGGGCCUGAAGUCGGCGGCGCCGGUGCAGCCAGCCCGACCAGCGCCGCGCGCGCCUGUCAUCAUGGAGACGAAGGAGGAGAGUCAGCAGGUGACCAUGGACCUGGUGGAGAAGCUGCGCCUGCAAUACGCCCAGCAGGGCCCGGACGAGCGGCCGGAGGAGAAGCCGGCCGUGACGCCGGGCCGGGGCGGUCCGGCCGACACGCCCACGCGCGGCGAGGCGUCCAAGUGGCGGCCUUUGGCGUCCGUGGAGUCUGAGCCGGAGCCGCCGCCGGCGCAGUCGGUGCUGCCGCAGGUGGAGCCGACGCCAGUCGAACGCAAGGUCGAGCCGAGUCCGACGGCCGCCCUGUACGCCACGCCGACCGAACUGCCCGGCUUCGCGUCCCCGCCGGCACCGCCGCCGCCGGGCAGCGUAGCCGGCCUACUGGCGCAGCCGCGCGGUCUCGGCUCCGUCAGCGUGCGCACGCCGGCCAGCAUCAACGCCGCCAGCCCCAUGCCCCCGCCUUACGCCCAGUUCGGUGCUGAAAGCAUGAUGCAGCACUUGAUGAUGAUGCAGUCGUGGCCGGAGGGCCAGCUGCGGGAGCUGAUCCAGAUGCAGUACGAGCAGUCGCAGCAGUACCUGAUGCGGCAGGACGCGGAGGCUGAGCGUCGCAAGGAAGCAGAAAUGGAGCUGCGCAAGCACGACGAGAUGAUCAAACGGCAGGAGGAGCGAGAGCUUCUGCGCCGCCAAGAGGAGGAGCUUCUGCGCCGCCAAGAGGAGGAGCAGCAGCGGAAGCAGGCCGAGGUGCGCCUGCAGGCUCUGAUGGCCGAGCAGGAAGCCGAACUGCGUCGCAGGCUGCUGGCGCCGCCGCCGGUCGCCGCCGAACGGCAGCUGGUCAAACCGGCCGACCGUGCCAAGGACCAGCGGCCGCCGGCUGCCGAGCCUGACCACUGCCGACUGCAGGCGCUCCAGGCGCUGGUCACGCAGGAGGACGAGCUGAAGCAUGCAGAUACAGAAGAUCCAGUCGACCGACGCUAG